UUAAAAAGCGUUUUCUUCUCCUUUUGUGAAUUAGACAGUAAAAAGGAAGAACGAGGCCCAAGUCCGUACCUACCAAGGACGCCUCCGCUCCUCCCCCUUCCUUGCUCAGUCUUCCCCAAUCUCUCGUCUUGGAUCUCGUCUCUUGGCAAAAAUUGGAGAAGCUUUCUGGAGAAGUAGCUCAUUGAGUUGUGCUGCUAACCCUUCUUCAGGGAAAUUACUGUUCUGUCUUUGCGGUCACUGGAAUCGCCUUGUUUUCUCUCGGCAUUUUGGAUCUUCCUCAAGAUAAGGGCGGCGCUUUAGCUGCGGGAAGCAAAGGCUGGAUAAGUGGUUAACAGAAGCAUGAGGAAGAUCAAUGGAGUUUACUCAGCGAGACCAUUCAGUGACAGAAGGUGGCUUCUUCCAUUCUUCGCAAGCUUGCUGAUCUCCUUGACUCUCUUGAUGGCAACUGUUUUGGGGUUGUUUUCCUCUCCUAAUGCUGGAGAUUCACUGUCCUUGGACAUUGUCACUAUUACUAGCAAUGAUGAUUCAGAGGGCUACUCCAUAGGACUAGAUAGGAAAAUAUUGUUGGGCCAACCAGUAGCUUCAUUAGAAGAAGAAGAAGAAGAAGAAGAAGCUCCGCGGAUAGCUUACUUAAUAACUGGCACAAAAGGUGACAGCCAGAGAAUGAGGAGAACUUUGCAAGCAGUAUACCAUCCACGAAAUCAGUACAUUCUUCACUUGGAUCUGGAGGCUCCUCCCAGGGAAAGGAUAGAUUUGACUAUGUAUGUGAAGGGCGAUCCAUUGUUUAGUGAAGUUGAGAAUGUUCGUGUGAUCGCGAAAGCCAAUUUGGUGACAUACAAGGGCCCAACCAUGAUUGCUUGCACUCUGCAUGCAAUUUCCAUUCUAUUGAAGGAGAAAUUGAGAUGGGACUGGUUUAUAAACUUGAGUGCCUCAGAUUAUCCUCUUAUGACACAAGAUGAUAUACUUCAUGUUUUAUCUUCUUUGCCUCGAAAUCUAAACUUUAUCGAGCACUCACCUAUCACCGGCUGGAAAUUGAUACAGAGGGCAAGACCGAUAAUUGUUGACCCAGGUCUUUAUCUGUCAAAGAAAUUCAAUGUUUUCACUACUACAGAACAGCGGGAAUUGCCUACUUCUUUCAAAUUGUACACCGGUUCGGCUUGGGUGAUGCUGACUAGGCGCUUCGUCGAGUAUUGUAUACAGGGGUGGGAAAACCUUCCUCGAACCAUCCUAAUGUACUAUGUCAACUUCAUCUCAUCACCCGAAGGCUACUUCCACACGGUCAUCUGCAAUUCGGACGAGUUCAGAAACACCUCAAUAAGCCAUGACCUACAUUACAUUAACUGGGACAACCCUCCAAGGCAACACCCACUCUACCUUUCAUCCAAAGAUUUCGACAGAAUGGUAAAAAGUGGUAUGCCCUUUGCUCGGAAAUUUGCCAAAGGGGAUCCGGUCUUGGACAAAAUCGACCGCGAACUCUUGGGGCGAUCAAACGGACAAGUCACUCCUGGCAGGUGGUGCAAUCAGAGAUCAAAUGGAGCUGAACAAUGUUCCUCGAGGGUCCAUGACUUCAAAUUUCUGCCUGGACCAGGCGCUGAACGGUUACAGCAGCUGAUGAAGAAGCUCGUGUCUGAAGAAUUCCGCAACGGCAGCUGCUCCAAGUUGCAGUAUGAUCAAACAAAGCGAGACUGGAUCGCAUCGAGAAAGACAAGUCAUUGAUAAGGAACAACACCCUUUGUAUCACAUAUACAUACUUUUUAUAGUAUUUGUUCAAAUCUAACACAUGCUUGAAAAAGCUUUGAUCAUACAUAAGGUUUAUUUUUGGCACUUUUAAGGAGCUUAUUCUAAUGUUUCUAAAUUAUUAAUA